CCAGUGACUUCCUACUUCCGGCAGUGAGUUGCGGGUCAGAUGUGAAACAACAACUAUCACCGGCGUUUGCCACUUUCACGUUUUAGCUGUUAAACAAACCAACAAAAACAACAUUUAUAGCUUGCAGAGUAGGGGAGCGUCUGGACGAACAUGGCCACGGAUGUAACAGAAGGUUUGCAGCAAGUGAGCGUCGUUGAGCUGUAUGCGUCAGACAAAUGUGGCAACGACCAGGAUGGAGAUGGCUCCCAGCAGAAACCCUUCAAGACUCCCCUCAAGGCUCUGCUGUUCAUCGGUAAAGAACCAUUCCCGACCAUCUAUGUAGACUCACAGAAAGAGGAUGAGCGCUGGGCAGUGAUUUCCAAGACGCAAAUGAAGAAUGCAAAGAAGGCUUUUGCCCGAGAGCAAGCCAAGAAUGAGUCCAAGGAUAAAAAGGAGGCAGAAGACAAUGAAAGGAGAGAGAAGAACCUAGAAGACGCCAAGAAAAUCGUUAUUGUAAAGGACGCCAGUUUGCCCGACCCGGAAACGGUUAAAAUUAAUAUUCUUGAAACAAAAAGGGGGCAGAGAGUCAAAGUGUUUGGAUGGAUUCAUCGCCUUAGGAGGCAAGGAAAGAAUUUGAUGUUUAUCGUGCUGAGAGAUGGAACCGGUUUUCUCCAGUGUGUGCUGUCUGAUAAACUGUGCCAGUGCUAUAACGGCUUGCUGUUGUCCACUGAGAGCACUGUAGCCCUGUAUGGGACUGUAACACCUGUUCCUGAAGGAAAACAGGCGCCAGGGGGCCACGAGCUUCACUGCGACUUCUGGGAGCUGAUUGGCUUGGCACCGGCGGGCGGGGCCGACAACCUUCUGAACGAAGAGUCCGACGUGGACGUCCAACUGAACAACCGACACAUGCAUAUCAGAGGAGAGAACGUCUCCAAGAUCCUCAAAGUGCGCUCCACGGUUACGCAGUGCUUCAGGGACCAUUUCUUUGACCGCGGAUACUACGAGGUUACUCCUCCAACUUUGGUGCAGACUCAGGUGGAGGGCGGAUCCACGCUGUUUAACCUCAACUAUUUUGGCGAGCAGGCGUACCUGACACAGUCCUCCCAGCUUUACUUGGAGACAUGCAUCCCUGCACUGGGCGAUAGCUUCUGCGUCGCUCAGUCCUACAGAGCCGAGCAGUCCCGCACCCGCAGGCACCUUUCUGAGUACACUCACAUUGAGGCAGAGUGUCCCUUCAUAACCUUUGAGGAUCUUCUAGACAGACUGGAAGACUUGGUUUGUGACGUUGUGGACCGAGUUCUGAAAUCUCCUGCCGCUCAACUGCUCUAUGACGUCAACCCGAACUUCAAACCCCCCAAGAAACCAUUCAAGAGGAUGAACUACUCGGAAGCCAUCGAGUGGCUCAAAGAACAUGACGUCAAGAAGGACGACGGCACCUAUUACGAGUUUGGAGAGGACAUCCCCGAGGCCCCGGAGAGGCUGAUGACCGACGCCAUCAAUGAAACUAUUCUGCUUUGUCGUUUCCCUGCUGAGAUCAAAUCCUUCUACAUGCAGCGCUGCACUGAAGACCGACGCCUCACGGAGUCGGUUGAUGUUUUGAUGCCAAAUGUGGGCGAGAUAGUGGGAGGCUCCAUGCGUAUAUGGGAUUCUGAGGAGCUGCUAGAAGGCUACAAGAGGGAGGGCAUCGACCCCACACCAUACUACUGGUACACCGAUCAGAGAAAGUACGGCACGUGUCCUCACGGUGGUUACGGUCUGGGUCUGGAGCGCUUCCUCACCUGGCUGCUGAACAGACAUCACAUCCGCGAUGUCUGCCUUUACCCGCGAUUUAUCCAACGCUGCCGACCCUGAACACGCUAACGCUCCGCAGACCCCGGCGUGUGGCGCCGACAUGUGAGCUACGCUGUCGAAUCACGUGCCGCACAAUUAAAUGUUUGUCCCAUGUCUUUUUAAUUUUUCUGCUCAAAAUGUCUCAAUUGGAAAAACACUCAAUUACAGCUCAUGUUGUGCACAGCUCAAUCUAAUCAUGCUCGCUCUCACUCUGCGCCUGAUCAUUUAGCAGUAACUUCAUCGUGAAGUAGUGAACCCGCCUGAUCAUUUCCUGCCUUAAAGUCUUUUUUUAGCUGUUCCUGACCUGUGAGCAGCUUAGCAAAUGGUAGUAAGACGAGGUGGCCACAUGCUUGUGGUUGUAAAUAAUGAAGUACGGUUGUUGUUGUGUCUCGGUUGUUUACGGUGGAAGCCUACAAAGUUGAACAAUGCUGAACAAACGUCUUCUUGUUUUUGACUAAUGAAUAUUUGUCGGACCAGUGUGUCACCUUCCAUGAGGACGUGGCAUGAAUACUCAUGCAUCUGCCGCUAUAGGACCACUAGUUUUACUCAGGCAGUGUACUGAAGCACUAGAAGUACACUGCUCGUGCUCAGGGGGAGUGCACACAAAAUGCUUCCAGCCAGGAAUUAAUAGUAAGAGAGGUCAAAUAUGAUGCUAUAGUCUCCUGAAAACCAGCGUCCUCUGCAGUGGACUUUUGGCCGAGCCAAAAAAUGGCCCGAAUGAUGUUCUAUACACUGUAUUUUUCGGAGCAUAAGUCGCUCCGGAGCAUAAGUCGCACCUGCCGAAAAUGCAUAAUAAAGAACGAAAACAACAUAUAUAAGUUGCACUGGAGUAUAAGUCGUAUUUUUUGGGGAAAUGUAUUUGAUAAAACCCAACACCAAGAAUAGACAUUUGAAGGGCAAUUUAAAAUAAAUAAAGAAUAGUGAAGAACAGGCUGAAUAAGUGUAGGUUAUAUGAGGCAUAAAUAACCAACUGCUAUGUUAACCUAACAUAUUAUGGUAAGAGUCAUUCAAAUAACUAUAACAUAUAGAACAUGCUAUACCUUUACCAAACUAUCUCUCACUCCUAAUCCAUAAAUCCCAUGAAAUCUUAUACGUCUAGUCUCUUAUGUGAAUGAGCUAAAUAAUAUUAUUUGAUAUUUUAUGGUAAUGUGUUAAUAAUUUCACACCUGAGUCGCUCCUGAGUAUAAGUCGCACCCCCGGCCAAACUAUGAAAAAAAUGUGACUUAUAGUCAGAGAAAUACGGUAUAUACACCCCCACUAAUAAGAUUUGGUUAAGUCUCACCUCUACCAGGCCAACUAACAACUUCUGGGAGAAAAUCUGGCAGGAUUUUUCUUCGAAUUAGUGGUCUUGUUUCUCCAGUACAUUUGUGUGCGCUCCUCCCGUCUUGGAAGAACAUGUGACAGAACAAAAGCCUGGUCAGCUCCUUGUGCAUCCGAUCAUUGCCGUUAUGUAAGCCGGUUCUGCUUUGUCAUCUGAAAAUAAUGUAGUGCACCUCAAUAAAAAAAAUCACUGAAACAA